CGUUUCAUUCACUGCAACACGGCCAUGGACAAGAAGUGAACAUUAGAGAAAAGGCUAGCUUAUUGUUUAACACAUGCUAGCAGCAUAGCUUACCCUAUUUUUUUUUUUUUCGGAAACAAGUAAGAGUAACGUUAAUUUCAAAGCUUAAGAAUCCAAAUGAAUAUUAUUCCGACGAAACGGGCCGCGUUAACGACCGGAGUCAUGAGCUGUUUGAUUCAUCCUCAAAAUGGAGUCGUGGAGGGACCCAUCCUCUACGGCUCAGGGAAUUCCUCCCCGCAAAUUGCAAUGGGCUCAGCUAAAGAAUCUCACAACGGAAAUGCGGGGUCUAACGAUACCCCGAAACGACCCAAGAACCUGGGAGUGAACGGCUAUGUAACAAAAUCCCACCGGGAGGACAGCGACGACCUCGACGACGGCUCGUUGCCUUGUACUCCGGAGCCAGACGCCGAACUCGACGUCCCCAGUUGCCCGGCAGGCGAUGAAGUCUUGGCGAACGACACGAGGCAACUCAUUGGCCGUUUCCUGAGAGACUUUACUGGACUUUCGAAAUCACAGUGGCAUGAAAGCCGAGCACUAGCAACAAUGAAAAGAGUUGUGGAGGACGUUUUGGAAAAACACAGAUACGCAUACAAUGGUAUGGUCAACAAAUUGUCACUGGAUGAAAGAACGGAUGAUGCCAGUUUUGUCAGUGCAGUAGCCAAGAGCCUCUUUGCAGACGGAACCACCAACUGGGGUCGUAUCGCCAGCCUGGUGGCCUUCGGGGCAGUGGUGUCACAAUACCUUAAGGAGCGAGGCAGGGAUAACUGUGUGGAGCUGGUGGGACAGGAGAUCUCCACGUAUUUGCUAACCGACCAGCGGGACUGGCUGGCCAAAAACAAUGCCUGGGAUGGCUUUGUAGAGUUCUUCAGAGUAGCAGACCCAGAGUCCACAGUGAGGAACACACUCAUGGCCUUUGCUGGAUUUGCUGGUAUUGGGGCGACACUGGCCCUGUUGAUCAGGUGAAUUUUCUUUGGACACUCAGAGGCUUAUUUUCACUUGACGGAUGCUUCUUCCGCAUUUCCUCCACAUUCAAAUUGGACUUUGAUGGACAAACUGCUCAUUAGUGGUUCCUUUCGUCUUUUCUUGGGCUCCCUUCCACCCCCCCCCCCCCCAACUGCAAAUACAACCUUUUGCUGUUGACGUAAAUGGAUGGACUUUACUGACUCAUUCAACCUUCAAAUAAUUAGGGUUUAUUUAAGUUACAGAGAAAUUUAUUUUUCUAAUAAAUGUAAAUUGUUUCUAUGCAAAAUUAAAGCUAAUGGGCAGUCAGUUGACCUGAUUUUUGCUUAAUUGUCGCCUAAUUAUGUUUACUAGCUUUUUCAUAAUUGUAUCACAAUUUCCUGGUGGUAAUGGUGUUUUGUAAGUAGGACCAGGCCAAAGCAGGAAGGGGAUGCUGCAUUUUUCCAUGUUCCCAUUUCCAUAAAGGCCAUUCAUAACCCAAGAGAGGAGGGGGGGGGGGGAUUUGCAUGGGUGUAGCUCAGCUUCCUGGUUAUGAAAAUGGUGGAUCUGAACUAGGAGACACGAAGCAACCACAUGCAGGACGUUUUGCCUGGAAGAGUUUUGAGUCUGUUGGAAGGAAAUUCACAAGGACGGAGUUGGAAAGAGGCAGAUUGGGCUGGUCGACUGCACAAAAGCUGACGGUAGUUGGAGAGUGACCUUGGUUCCUCAGAGAGAGGCAACAGACAAUGAUGAUCAUACAGAUCGUGUUGUAAGCUAACAAGUCUGUAUAGUUGACACAAUAAAAAAAAGUUCACAUGGUA